AUGGCGCGUCUCAACGAGCCGCCGAUUGCACCUCAGCCGUCGGCGGAAUCCAUCGAAGCCCUUAAACGACGCUUUUUGAGGCAAAACCGCGAACUCGCAAAGACGAACUCGAUACAAUCUAUCCGCAUCCGCAGCCUCGAAACUGACUGCUCGCGACUUCUUGCCGAGAAUCUGGCAUUGCGCGAGCAAGUCUUGAAUCUCCAUAACACGAUUGAGUCGCGUCCGGCACUCGACCAAUUUGAUGUUGUCAAAACACAGCUUGAAGCCAAGCUAUCAGAGCUCAGCAGCCUGGUAGCUGGCCUAUCGCAAACAAGAAGUGGGAGUGGGAAAGACAGAGGAAGACGGAAAAGCCAGAUGACUGCGAAGAGGAGGAGCGGAGAAGAGCGGCAAUGGAGGAGUGGACUGGGUCUACAGGAGGUUGAGAACGCCAUGCUGCCUACUAUCACAGAAGACAAAUACUAUCCUCGCAGGACAAUGGGUGCGGACGAGCUUCAGCAGACCUUAGAAGACCCAGACAGUCAAUCCCCAGACAUUGGCCCUCCGCCAGUUGCCCGAUUCGAAGACGAAGACCCCAUCGGUUUCGACCCCAGCCCCGCGAUAGAAGAGCAGCGAGAAGAAGCUGCAGACGACGGUGAACCUGCACUAUCGGUGAACCUCGAGACGCGUAAGAAGCGACGCGAGAGCGGGCCCAAGCUCAAUAUACGUCGUGUAUCUCUCUUCGAAUCACCGGAAGAGUCUGAAGAGCCAGUCGCGAAGCCUCUGCGCACUGGGGCCAAGCGGAAGUUCAGCGUUCAAGAGGAUGAGGAAGUGAACCAAGCCAAGAGUGAUGCUUUCAGGUUCAGCCGCCGGAAUGCCCCAGGUGCUUCGGACGUGGAGGCGUCAAAUGAUGACUCUAGACCUUCUGCACUAGAACGCCCUCCCGUCCUUUCAGCUAGUAAGUACCCCCAAAGCAAUAGUGUACACAAAUCUGACUUGGUAGAACCCGUCAAUACCGAUCCAGUCUUGUCGCCAAAGAAGCAACGCUCUUCAGGUCAAGACAAACCAGAUAAGCCAGACAAGCCAGCACCUAAGGCCCGCAGCCGCCCUCGAUUGAAUAUCACGCGCAACACGACGUCAGAACUCCCGCUUCUACCAAUGCCUGAACCGGUGCCUACUGCUGAGAUUGUGCUUGACUCUCUACCCCCAAAAACACCCGCCGUGGAAGAGACCUUCUCUCCACCAUCUACAGAGCCGUCGACACAACGACCAGACAACAAGGAUACACCACCACCAGGGGAUCUCAACUCAGUCGAUCAGACCGGUCAAGCUGGACGACCGGGUAGACGAGCCCGUCCCCAAGUCAGUUACAAAGAGCCCAGUCUCAAUGUGAAGAUGCGGCGUCCAGACGCCAAGCUGGUCGACGCGGUGAUCGAUCGCAGGGCCAGUGUAGAUACUCAGAAUGUACCUUCCACAUUGGUCAAACGGGACGCCGAUGGCGAAAUCGCGUGGAAGCCGGUAUCGGCAGUCACUCAACCGAGGGGUGAGGAAGAAGCUGAAGCUGGAAGCCCGUUGAGACAGAAGCUUGACCGGAACCAAGAUUCCAAAGCAUCGCCCGCGUCAAUGGCUGAGCCAGAAGAACGAUCAACGACCUCGAAAGCCAUAUCCGCGCUCAUUACCGAGACUAGCACUGCUAAGAGAAGAGUGGCUACUUCAACUGCGGGACCAGUGUCGGAGCCUCUCACCGCCAAAUCUGCAGAUCUUGCCCUCUCAAGCAAAGAUACGAUAGCUGUAAGACAAGCACCACCAGAGAAGGACACUUUGGCUGUAUUCGACUUCACGGACUCGUCACCUGCUGACACUGGGUCCAACCCACGUGCCCGCGUCAACGAACUUGCCAAAACAGCGAGAAGCGCACGGCGACACUCCGCUAUGCCUACAUCUUCCUCGUCAACGGUGUCGGACGAGCGCAGAGCUGAAAGGGAGAAGACUGAGGGCACGCUCCCUUCUUUGCAUAAGCGCACUGGCAGCGGAAAUGUGAAAAGUAGUAGUAGUACGAGCUUAGCGAGAAGCAACAGUACUAAUGGUAUUGCUAGGAGUACGUCGAGUGCUCGAACGACAGUAAAAGACAAGAAGCCUCCCACCACAGGAAGCUUACCAGCCAAUGAAAGCACGAACGACCUCAGGACGAAGGUCGAUGGUGUCGAGGACGCAAAAGUACGGGACAGAGAUAGGGAGACGAGCACGCUGAGAGCCGAACGCGCCGCUAGUCGACGGAAAAGUAUGAUGCUUUAG